AUGCCUCGGUCUCGUGAGAGAAAGUUUAAUGUGAGAUUCUUUGACCAAACCAAAGAGACCAUUUCAAAGCAAAUUGGACAUAAUCACAAAUCAAAACCAAAAUUUCCUGGAUUGCAUGUUUCUUCCUUUGUGCGUGAUGAAUGGAUAAAAAAGGGUAAGGUUCCGGUUAAAAAUAAGAGCAGUAUUACUUUUCAUUCGCAGGAUAGUGCUACGGACAAAGUGGAAGGUUGCAAAGAAAGCACAUUCAAACUUACAAGCAAAGAAGUUGCGGAUAAUAAAGGUAAAUCAAUUAGUGAUGCGGAUGCUCAAAAUCAAAAUGAGACCCGAAAUAAGGAAUCAACACAACUAUCACAAGCAAGUGGAAAUAGUCGAGAUCGGCUUGAUAUUAACAGCUUGGUAAUCGAUGCUCGUAAUCCCCCAAGCAAGGGGAGUAAAAAGGAGGAAGUGGACGUUGCUGGAAAGAAUGAUAAUAAUGAAGUUGAAGAUAACGAUGAUGAAGACAAAUAUCCUUCAAUGGAACAGUUUCUGGAUUAUCCGUUUUCCGUUGAAGAUACAAAGUUACUAGAGAAGGAGCUUUCUGGCCUUAUUCAACCCGCAGAAAGUUAUGGAUUUUACGGCUUGGAGGAAAAUAAAGAUAUAUGGAAUUCAUCAGAUGACAAGUACACAUUUAAUUUUGAACUGUCGAAUCAUAGUGCCGAUGAAGAUAGUACAGGUCAUUCCCCAGAUAAAGAGUCCAAGAAUUUGGGGCUGAAUAUGUCGACGGGGUCCACAGUUUCAUAUCCACGGCCUCUUUCUGACACCCAGAUAUUUAGUUUGAAUCCAGUUAAUUUCUAUAAUGAGUUCAGAUUAAUUAAUCACUAUUGUCGGACGAUGUGUUCUUUUUACAGUGUGAAGGACCCAGCGUGGAACUUUUACACGUAUGUUUCUGAUAGAUUGACUUGUCGUUAUGACCCAUUAAAGUAUGCUUUGCUUGCAUGGUCUGCUCUUCAUCUUUCUAUCGUAGAAGAGUCGUCAUUCUCUGUGGCUAACAAAUAUUACACUCUUUCUUUACGGGCAGUUAUGGGGAAUAACACUUUAUUUCAGGGGGAUGUGCCAAUGGAGUUAUUUCUUGUCACAGCAUAUUUCUUGGUUCACUUUGAUAUCAUGGCCGGGACUAAGCAUGCUUAUCAAAUAUUAAGAUACGUUUGGUCCACACUCAGAAUAGGCCGCUUUUUUCAGAGUGGGCCUGGCCCUACUUUAAGUCCCUUUGGAUAUCAAAUAGUGGUUUGGUUACUUUACUUGGAUAUCAGGUCUUCUCUAUUUGUUGGAAAUAUCAGCUUUCCAGACUACAUACUUAAGCAGGAUCGGAAUCCAAACAUUGAAUAUUUGUCAACGUCAAAUGUCUAUGAGAAGCGCGCAAUACUGAAUAUCUUCUCACGUUCCAGAAAGCUUCUAAGUGGUGCAUAUGGUGCAAAAUAUCCAAAGGAGUAUUCAGAAGAUGAUGAAAUCCAAGAGAAGAUUUUAAUUCUGAUGGUCCGAAACAUGAUGAUGUUUGGACGACUUAUCCGACUUCGGAAUUGGUUGAAUCAAUGUGGUAACUCCACGGAAUUUGAUGCGAACUCGCUUAAAAAUGAGAUAAGUAAACUGUAUGAUGACAAUCAGAAUUUAUUAAAGUAUUCAGGCAAAUCAAGGAUGUCAUCUUUUCAUGUCCUCAUUGAGAAUGCACUUAUUUAUUCCAUUAUCAUAUAUUUCGAUAGGAUUUGCUAUCCUGAUAUCAGAACAAGCAGCAAAUGUCAGAAAGCUGCAUCGGAGAUACUUAAAAUUGCUGUACAGUUGAAAAAAUUACGAUCGCAUGGCACGCCUGGUUCCACGCAAUGGCCAUUUCCACUUUUCAUUGCCGGAGUGGAAACUACAGAUGUAAUUUAUCAGAAAUGGAUAAUGGAAGAGUUGAAGGAGUGUGAUGAAGAAGGGUGGGGACUACAUUUGGGCAAAACGAGGCAAUUGUUUAAGGCAUGUAUAGAGCGGCAAGCAGAGACUCAUCGGAGGGUUGAUAUUGGUGAGAUAAUGGAAAGCGUAGUUGGCGUAUUUGUUUUAUAG